GCCAAAAGAAAACAAAACCCAGUUUUAGUUGGGGUCGCUGGCACUGUUCUUAGCAAAAAGCUCUGUUCUUUGAUCGCCGGGGAGUAGAGUGGCAGCCUCAGCUAGCUACUGAGAGUUGGAAAAUGGAGGGAGAGUUAAAAGUUGAUAAAUUUGGAUACGAGGUGAGGACCUCUUCCGACGCCUGCAUCUCCGCCAUCAACGCCUUCUACGACCAGGUUUUAAACUAUCGGCGGCGGUGGUCGGUGAUAUUGGAGGCGGCGGCGCACGACGACCAGUGCGUGCUUGCUAACAUUCUGGCUGCUUACUUCCUCUCAUCCGAUCCUUCCCGAGCUCCUUCUCAUCUCCAAGCCGCCAAGUCCCGGCUGGAACAAGCUACCCCGUACGAGAAAGCAGUGUUUGAUGCUGUCAAUUUUUUUAUUUCUAAGGAUAGAGACGAUGAUGUUGCUUUCGAGUUGCAUUCAAAGCUCCUGAAAAGUUUUCCUAGAGAUUUGGCUUCUCUGCAAAGGGCCCAAGUGCUCUGCUUCUACAUGGCUCGACCUGACCUUUCGUUGGAUCUUGUUCAACAGGUUCUACCCAGCAAUGAACAAGAAGAUUUUGUAUAUGGCAUGCUUGCUUUUCCUUUAUUGGAGCUUGGACGAAUGGAAGACGCUGAGAAAGCUGCGAAAAAGGGAUAUGAAAUCAACAAGCGUGACUGCUGGGUGCAACAUACUAUGUGCCAUGUUCUUCAGUAUAAUUGCCGCUUUAAAGAAGCAGUAGAGUUCAUGGAAGAAUGCUCACCUUCAUGGGAUUUGUGUUCGUCAUUCAUGUUCACACACAAUUGGUGGCAUGUAGCUCUUUGUUAUUUAGAAGGUCAUGCUCAAAUCCAAAGAAUCCGAGAUUUAUAUGACCAUUUUAUCUGGAAGGAGUUGGAGAGACCUGAUGCUCCACGUCCAGAGGUCUACUUGAAUGCCCUUGGGUUGUUGUUACGGGUGCAUGUUCGGGGUGAAAUGGAUGCCUUUAAGGACCAUUUGAAGACCUUAGCGAAUUGUGUGACAGAUGAAGCCAACUGGUAUUUAGAUUGGCAGUUUGACAUAUUAGUUUUAUGGGCGUUGGCUUAUACUGGUGAAAUUUCAAGGGCAGAAGAAUUGCUCAAGGGCUUGAAAUCCAGAAUUACUAAGAUGAACGAAAAGAAGCAACAGUUCAUGCAGAACGCAAUACUGCUUGCAGAAGCCACGUACGAGUAUGGGAAGGGUAACGAAAAACAAGCAUUAGAAUUGCUUGGUCACGACUUUGAUGCAGAUAACUACAAGAUGAUCGGAGCAUCGGGUGAACAGAUUGAUAUAUUCAAUGAGGUCUGGUACUGUAUGCUGCUUAACAAUGGACAAGCUGCAAAAGCAAUUGGAGUGCUUAAGAAGCGGAUCAAAUCAAGAGAGGGUAUCCCUUUCCUUUGGCGCCUGCUGGAGAGAGGCUAUAAACUGACAGGCAGGGAUGAGGAGGCGGCAACUGCAAGCGAGGAGGCCAAGCGUUUGGAGAACGCAUAUUUCCCGUAACCAGGUGUUGUAUGUGUUCUCUGUACUAUAUGUAUUAUCUUUACACAUUACAUAACUUCAAAUGUAUUAUCUACAUGGGAUACUCGUGGAACAUGAACAAAUAUGUACUUUUGGUUUCAAAUAAAAGAAGAACCUAAUUUCCUA